GAAAGUUCCUGCAAAAUGCUUUCGCAAGGAAUCCGCUUCCCGUCUGAAUCAUCCUGAUUUUUGGGAUCAAGGCAAGGGCUUCGUAAUGGAUGGCUCGGAUUUUAUGCACGUUAUAUGUCGCUUCUCCCACGUCGGUGAAACUGAAAGUCAUCCCAGUAUCUUCCUAGAGGGAGGCUGUAUUUUCCAAAGCAAAAGUCCAAGGGAGCGCAUCCAAAUCAUCGAUUAUUUUCUAUCUCUUCCUCUCUUGGAAGCUCCCUCCGUUCUUCUUCGUCAAGGUGCCAAAUAGAAAUCUCAGAAAUCGCAAUUCAUCUCCAUUCAAUUUCUUAACACAUCCAAACAGACCUCCAAAUCUUGUUUUCGGAUCUCUCCGUGUGUGUGUGUGUUUAUUGAAUAUAUCUUCUCAUCUCCUUCCAUCGAAUAAAACCCUAAUUCCAAUUAAAGAAAGAAAAAAACCCUAGAAAUUUUGUGAUUUUCUAUUCAUGGACGACGUUAAAGGCAAAGUCAAAGGGUUCAUGAAGAAAGUCAACAAUCCAUUCACUUCGUCGUCUUCUGGUAAAUUCAAGGGCCAGGGAAGAGUUUUAGGAUCUUCCUCGGCGGGCCCUACCCAUCCCAUCCACGGCCGUUCCACUCCCCAAUCCAUCCAACCGAAACCCGAUCCGAAACAGCCGUCGUCGUCCCUUCCCCGAUCGAACCCCAAGUCACGAUCGCCCCCGCCACGACCCACUCCUGAGCCCAAUCGUCGUGAGCCUGGCAAUUUCGAUCCCUUUGACCCGUUUAUUUCUUCUGGCAAACGGGCGCCAAAUGGGACUUCUGUUUCCAUUUUCCAGUGCCCUGUCUGUGGGGAUUCGUUCGCAUCUGAAGAAGAAGUCUCAGCACAUGUAGAGAGCUGCUUGAGUUACCGCUCUGAGAAUGCUGCCGUUUUGACGGAAUUGCCCGACAGGCAGCCUGAUAUGGAAUCGAGGAAUGAAUUGGUGGCUGGGGUUGGCGCUUUCUUGUCGGGAGAGCCGUCGGAUGGGUCAGUAGAUAUCGUUCUUAAACUUUUGAGGAAUAUCAUUAGGGAACCAGGCAAUGACAAGUUCCGGAGGAUUCGGAUGAGCAAUCCGAAGAUAAAAGAGGCCUUGGGUGCAGCAACAGGCGGCAUAGAGUUACUGGAGUGCAUCGGGUUUAGGCUACAACAGGAAGGUGAUGAGAUGUGGGCCACGCUGGAAGCUCCAUCGGAGGAUCAGAUCUCGUUGAUCAAAGAAGCAGUGUCGUUACUUGAGUCACGGAAGGCAGAAGAUUCAUCUUUGGCUGUGUGUUCAAUUCCAGAGGUGGUUCCCAUUGAGCGAAAGAAGAUCGAUAGGCAGGUUCGGGUCUUUUUUUCCGUUCCAGAAAGUGUUGCUGGGAAAAUCGACCUGCCAGAUUCUUUUUAUAACCUUUCAGCUGAAGAGGUGAAAAGAGAAGCUGAAUUGAGGAGAAAAAAGAUGGCUGAGUCUCAACUUCUCAUUCCCAAGUCAUACAAAGAGAAGCAGGCAAAGGCAGCGAGGAGAAGGUAUAAAGCCACUGUUAUCCGUAUCCAGUUUCCUGAUGGUAUAGUGCUCCAAGGUGUCUUUCUUCCUUGGGAGCCAACCACUGCACUCUAUGAGUUUGUGAGCUCGUCAUUGAAAGAGCCCAGUUUGGAGUUCGAACUAUUGCAGCCACCAAUGCCCAAGCGCCGUGUGAUCCCACGAUUUCCAAGCGCAGGAGAGCGAGCACCGACACUAGAUGAAGAAGACUUGGUCCCUUCAGCUCUCAUUAAGUUCAAACCCAUAGAGACAGAUUCCAUAGUUUUCACUGGCCUAUGUAAUGAGCUUCUUGAAGUCAGCGAACCGCUUACAGCCACAACAGCCUUGGUUCCACCCUAGGUUCUAUGUGAUUCGAUCUGUCAAAAAACAUUGAGAAGGUUCCACUAAAUUUCAGAGCCGUGUCUAUGCAUUAGACUUGCUGCCCAUUUUCUAUUUGAUACUUAAGCAAUGCAGCUCAGCAUAAGUUUACAUCAUAUCAGGUUAGAUCAUGCUGUAACUUCAGAAUAAACUGUUUCUAUUUCUAUUGAUCUGUAAUAUUGGAUGGCUUGGAAUAUCUGCAUAAUUAAAAUGUAGAAAUGCAUUUAUUCUCCAAAAUGAUCUGUCAAUGAGAUCAAAUUGGAAAAAAAAGAGUAUAGAAAUUCUCUCUAAAUGUCCCAAAAAUGUCCAAUGUUGUUUUGCCCCCCCUUUUUGCUUAAAUUGUAUUGAUUUGAGUUGAAAAAUUGCUAAAAUAGGAAUGUGUAGUGCGAUUUUGAAAUCUCCACUUCGCCGAACGGACUUUGUAUUAUCUCCGUAAUAUCUGUCUCUGGACAAUAUGAGGUGCAUUGGAAUGGAAUCUUAGGUGGACAAAAAGAAGUCUGUUUACUU